UCCAAAUUCGAGAUAACCAAUUCUUGUUUAAUUUGUUUGCUGUUUUCGUUGUUCUCCCAUCGGCAAUCACCGAAUCACCCCUUAUUUCCUACUCGCGAUCUCAUGAUUCGUAUUUAUUCAAAUAUUCGAUGGUACUAAAGUUCCAUGAUAGUAGUUAUAACUUAACGUUGUUAAUGGUUUUUCAGUAGCUAGUUAAAAAUUAUAUUUCUUCGAAAUUCGAAAUUACAAUUCAUGUUUAUAAAUUUCAUACGGAAAAUGUGGUAAUUGAAAUUAAACCAAUUAUAUAAUAAUGGAAAAUGACAUGAACCAAGAAAGAAAAAUGAGUGAACAAUUGAAAUUAAAUGGUCAAGACAGUGUAGAAAUUGUUAAAGAAGAAGAUGAGUUAUACAAAACAAAAUAUGACAUAAAUGAACAUGAAAACCAUAAUAAUAUCAAUGAAGAUAUUGAUAUAUCAAACAUUGGGUUUUUUCCAAAAGAAUUAUUAUUGGAAGAGCAGCGUCUAAAUGAAGAUCAUACAAGAAAAGAUGAAGAAGCUUUGGUUGAUGAUUUAGAUGAAAAAAAAAGAAAAGAAAGAUUUCAAAAUUUACUUACACUGUUGAAAAGUAGUAUUAAAUUAUCUAAUCUUUUUGAAUCCAGAUUAAAAAAAUGUAAACUUCAAAUUAUUAAAAAAGAACUAAAUAAAGCUAAAAAAAUGAAAGAAAAUGUGCCUAAUUCUAAAGAUGAAUUGACUAAAACUACAAAUAACCAAUCAGUUGAAGAUGUAAACGAAGAAGAGUAUUAUUUAAGCUUAUUUCAACAACCAAAAUUAUUCAACGGAAAUCUUAAAGACCACCAAAUUGAAGGUCUCUUAUGGAUUAGAACCUUGUAUGAAAAUGGUUUAAAUGGCAUUUUAGCUGAUGAAAUGGGACUUGGUAAAACUAUACAAACUAUAGCUUUCUACUGUUUUCUUUUGGAAAUGGGAAUAACUGGACCAUUUCUUGUCAUUGCACCGCUGUCUACUAUUCCCAACUGGCUGUCAGAGUUCUCAAAAUUUUCACCUAAGCUUCCAACUGUUUUAUACCAUGGUACAGAAAGUGAACGCAUUGCAUUGCGACCAAAUUUCAAUAAAACUAAAAAAGUUCUUAACUUAAAUUGUCAACCAGUUAUAAUAACUACUUAUGAUGUUGUGCGUCGUGACAUAGCAUUUUUGAAAAAAGUUAAUUGGAAAUAUAUUACAAUUGAUGAAGGACAAAAAGUGAAAAAUGCUAAUGCUCAUAUAUCUAAGUGCCUACGUGAAUUUAAUUGCACCAAUAAGCUCAUACUUACAGGAACACCUAUUCAAAAUGAUAUGUCAGAAUUAUGGUCGUUAUUGAAUUGGUUAAUGCCCAAAAUUUUUGAUCAAUUAGAAGAUUUUAAUUCUUGGUUUGUUAUUGAUAAGUUCUUUGAUUCUAAUGACAAAAUUAUCAAUAUGGCCAAAAAGGAUGAGUUAUUAGAUAUAAUCUUAAAGAUAUUAAAACCCUUUAUUUUGAGAAGAGAAAAAAAAGAUACUGAUCUAAAGCUCCCACCUAAGAAAGAAAUAGUUAUUUAUGCUCCACUUACAGAAACACAAAAAGUAUUAUAUGAAGCUACAUUGAACAAGCAAAUGGAAAUAUUACUGAAUAAAGAAAAGGAUUCUGAUCUUAUUCUAGAAGUAAAAAGUAAGAGAAGAUGUGUGGAAAGCAUAGUAAAAUACACUGAUCUUAAUGCUAUUAGGGUAGAUUUACCUGAAAAGGAGCCAGAAGAUAAAAGUAUUGCUAUUUCAGUUUGUAUGCAAAACACAUUUAUGCAAUUGAAGAAAAUUGUUAAUCAUCCGUACCUUAUUCAAAUGCCUUUAAUUCCUGGCGAAAACAAAUUAUUGGUUAAUGAGAACAUAGUUAAAGUCAGUGGUAAAUUUCAGUUACUUGAUGCUAUGUUAACAAAAUUGAGAAUACUUGGUCAUAAGGUGUUGCUAUUUUCUACAAUGACACAAUUAAUGGAUGUAAUUGAAGAAUUUUUGAUGUUUCGUAAAUUUUCAUUUACCAGAUUGGACGGAACUAUGAAUAUUCAAUCAAGAGUUGAUGCAAUGACAACAUUUAACAGUGAUCCAAAUUGUUUUUUGAUGAUGAUAUCAACACGUGCAGGUGGACUUGGUUUAAAUUUAACAUCAGCGGAUACUGUUAUUUUAUUUGACAGUGACUGGAAUCCACAAGUUGACUUACAAGCUCAAGAUAGAUGUCAUAGAAUGGGCCAAAAUAAACCUGUUGUUGUAUAUCGUUUUUGUUCUAAGAAUACUAUUGAUGAAAGAAUAUUGAAUUUUGCGACAGCAAAAAGAAAACUAGAAAAAAUGAUCAUUGGCAGUGGUUCAUUUAGUAGAACUACCACACUUACUUUGUCAAGUAUUGAAGAACUUAUGAAUUUAUUGAAAUCAUCAGAAUACACUAAAACAAUGCAACCAAAUGGAUUUAUUUUGUCUGAUGAAGAAUUGGAUGCUAUUUUAGAUCGAUCUGAUAUGCAGAAUUCAGCUCCAAUAACACAUGCUUCUCAAUCUGCUGAACACUUUAAAGUAUUAACAAAUUCCUAAAUAUUAUUUUGUCUACUAGUUUUUGUUAUAGGAUUACUAAAAAUUAACCGCACCUUUAAUAUGUUAUUUGUACAUUGAUAAAAUAUGAAUUUUAAUGUUUAACGUAGUUUUUGUACACAAUCAGUGAAUACUUAUUAGUUAUAUUAUAUAUAUAUAUACAUACACUUGUGUGAAUACUUUUAAUUAAUAAUUAUACUUAAUACUCGGACGUUUGAAAGUAAA